AUGCUUAAUCUUGCUGCAACCAAAGGUCUCUUUGCCUAUCACCCUAAAUGCAAGAAAAUUGGGCUUACUCACCUCUCCUUUGCUGACGACCUCCUGAUCUUCUGUAAAGGAAAUGUUGAUUCAGUGGCAGGUGUUUUGAGUGUUCUUUAUCAGUUUUAUCAAAUUUCUGGUCUAAAACUAAACUCGUCCAAAUGUGAUAUUUUCUAUUAUGGUAUUUCUUAUUCGGUUCUACAGGAUCUGAAAAUCAUCUUAGGGUUUAAAAUGGGAUGUUUACCAGUUAGAUACCUUGGUAUCCCCCUUGUCACAUAUAAACUGUCUCUGAAGGACUGCGAACCCUUGCUUGACAAAAUUAGACAGAUAUUGCACCACUGGUCUGCUAGAAACCUCAGUUAUGCAGGAAAGACGGGACAAAACCGAUUAUGUGGAAUAUGUGCAUUACCUGAUCAUCCGAAAAACGGUUUUCCACUGAUUCAAGAUGACACAGCAGCUCAAGUCAAUGCAGUUAGGAAUUUUCUGAGACCUCCCCAAUGA